AUGGUCACUGAUUCGCAACGCUACCGCUCUACCCGAGGUGGGGAGGAGAACCUCAGCUUCAGUGAUGUCGUCCUGAAGGGUCUCGCCGCAGAUGGGGGUCUGUUCCUCCCUCACGCCGUGCCUAAGGCCGAUUGGCAAAACUGGAAGGACCUUUCCUACACCGAGUUGGCCUUUGAGAUCUUCCGCCUUUACAUCCCCGAGUCCGAGAUCCCCUCCGCCGAUCUGAAGGAGAUCAUCAAUCGCAGCUACUCCACCUUCCGUUCUGAGGACGUCGUGCCUUUGGUUCCCCUUGCCCUGGAUGGCAACAUCAACUUGCUCGAGAUCUUCCACGGCCCUUCAUACUCCUUCAAGGAUUGCGCCCUGCAGUUCCUCGGAAACCUGUUCGAGUACCUGCUCGCCCAGAAGAAUGUCGGCAAGGAAGGAAAGGACCGAUACCACCUCACUGUUGUCGGUGCCACCAGUGGUGAUACCGGAUCUGCUGCUAUCUACGGACUCCGCGGAAAGAAGGAUGUCUCCGUCACUAUCCUCCAUCCCAAGGGUCGUGUCAGUGCCAUCCAAGAGGCACAGAUGACCACUUGCACAGAGCAGAACGUUCACAACUUGGCCGUCACCGGUACAUUCGAUGACUGCCAGGAUAUUGUUAAGAAGCUUUUCGGUGACGAUGACACCAACAAGGAUGUCAAGCUGGGAGCUGUUAACUCCAUCAACUGGUCCAGAAUUCUGGCUCAGACCGUUUUCCACUUCUGGUCUUACUUCUCGCUCGCGAGACAAUCCGAUUCUUUCACCGUCGGUCAACCUAUCCGCUCCGUCACUCCCACCGGAAACUUUGGAAACAUCUUGUCUGCCUACUUCGCCACGAAGAUGGGACUCCCCGCAGAGAAGCUCAUCGUCGCUACUAAUGAAAAUGACAUCCUCCACCGAUUCUGGACCACAGGUCGCUACGAGAAGCACCCAGCAGAGGAGAAGGACGCCGCCGAUGUCUGCAAAGAGACACCCAGUCCCGCCAUGGACAUCCUCGUUUCCAGCAACUUCGAGAGACUCCUCUGGUUCCUGGCCAAGGAGCACGCCGAAGCCGCCGGGAAGGACUCCGACGCGGCCGCCAAGCAAGCCAGCCAAAACGUCGUGGAGUGGUACAACUCACUCAAGGCUACCGGUGGUUUCGGCCCUGUCCCCAACGACAUCCUCGAGAACGGCCGUCGCACCUUCGAGAGUGACCGCGUGAGCAACGCGCAGACUCUCGAGACUAUCAAGUCCGUCUACGAGAAGACCAAAUAUGUUCUCGACCCUCACACCGCUGUCGGUAUUACCGUUUCCCAGCGUUCCGUCGCUCGCCCUGCCAACGCUGCUAUCCCUCACAUCUCCCUUUCCACUGCCCACCCUGCUAAGUUCGCGGAUGUCGUGAAGGAGGCGCUUAAGGGCGAGGCUGGUUUCGAUUUCGAGUCCCAGGUCUUGCCUGAUGAGCUUAAGGCUCUUUCCUCUAAGGAGACUCGUGUCGUCAAUGUUGAGAACUCUUGGGAGGCUGUUCGGGAGAUUGUCAAGAGACAAACGCUCGAGGAUCUCGAGGCCCAGGCUCAUGCUAGCUCUUGA